AUGCGGAACCAGUUUCCUAUCGUCCUUGUCUUGGGGGCAUCACCACCUCCAGACAAUUUUUCCUUUCAUGUACUCACCCGGCCAGUAACCCUUGGUCUUCCUGCUCUGACCUCACAUCACUACUUGUUCAGCCUUCUAGACUUCCCUCUCAUGGAUGUUACCCCUCAGCUCUUAGCUUUCUGGGAGGCAAGCGCUCCUGUGAACUUUGUGAAUUUCUCAUGGCUGCACUCAAGGAGCCCAGAUAAUCCCAAGAGAAGGGUGGAAGGAGCUGAGGUUCCCCCUUCACUCUCUCUGGUGAUCAGGGUCUGGCUCACAGGUCUCUGGGGCACGCACUCUGGUGGUCUGGCAGGCAGGUUUCAGAAACAGCCACCACUGUAG